AUGGAUGACGAUCAAUCAUCAGGCUAUGCAGUUUUGGUAGAAGAAAAAAAGGACGCCAAAAUACCAGAUGGACCAAUGAUAAAACUUUUCGAGAGCCUUGUCACUAAUUACUGCUAUAAACAAGACAUUAUUUUGACUAAUGCCCAAAUAAUAGAUAUUUUACAGGUAGAUUUUAACAUAGACAUCCAAAAAAUCCAUGACGUAGAAGUAGAGAUAUAUGUAGAUGUUGUAAAAAAAUACCUGAAGGAAUGGCCUGAAUGGGAUGAAUUAGAACGAUCUAUAAUUGAUUUUAAAUCUGAUAAUAAUAGUAAACCAAUAACAAGCAUUAUAGAAGAAAAGUAUCUGAACCUGAAAAAAUAUUUGGGUAACAUGUUAGAAAUAGCAAAACAUUUAUCACCGGAUGUUGUGAAGAAUAUUCCUAAAACGGGACAAAUGUAUAAAAAAGAAAACGUAAAUGAGGAAAAUGUUGUGAUGGAAAUACAGGCAACACGGAAGCAACUUAAUCACUUAAUAUUAAGACAUCCAAUUGGUAAUAAUUCAAUUUUUAAUGUGAACGAAGCACUUCCCAAAUAUUAUGACUAUCCCAAUUUGUUACCACUCCACUCUAUUCUUAGUUGGAGUGGAAUAGAGGUUGAACUAAAGCUAAAGUGGGCUCAGGGCGGCGUAAUAAAUCUCAAAUAUGAGAACUGCCACAAGCUGCAACAUAAACUUGUUAAUAAAAUGUUAAAUCUUGACUCUUACCAAAAAUCGUCAUUGAAUCAGCAGUGGGAAGUAAAAUCUACAAGAAAAAAUUCAACAGAGAUAUCCAAAGAUGUUAUUUUGAAUUUAUUUGAACAAUGUAUAUUAAACGAUAGGUACCGGAAAUGGAAACCUGUUUUGGUGAGCAUGCAUAAGAUUUUAAGUGAUAUUACACGAAGUAUGCCAUCUAACAUUGGUGUUCCUGGAACUUUCAGAAAAUAUUUAAGCAAAUACAGUUAUGUCAGGUUCUUGUAUAAGAAUGUAACAGAUGAAGAGACAGAUACUGAAAAUGAAAAGUAUGAUUUGCAAAUACAGGAAGUUUUAAGUCCAAUGUGUCAAUUAUAUAUUGGACUCUAUCGAAGCCGUGAAGAGUUAAUUAAAAUACACUGUGACUUCUGCCAGGUGACUUUUACAGGUGAAAAUGUUGCGUGGGAAAUACAGAAUCAUUUUAAGAGCCAUGUUGCCGAACCGGACUGGCAGUGUGUGAAUUGUGAUAAAACUAUUACCAUGUCCGAUUUGACUUGGGAAAACUGGAAUCACACAUGUGAGCCUCUCUCUUUGUGUCAUAUGCAAUAA